CAUCAGAAGAGGAAGGCGGCUGUCGACUCUUCUUUUCGUUCUAAAUAGCCAUUGAUAGGAGCUUGAUUGAUUGGAUGUGCUGACAAUAUGUCUAAUGCAGGUUUAUGGGCGACUGGGGUGAUAUGGGCUGCCCGACUCCCCAGCGCAUUGCUACCUACUCUCUGUCUUCCAACCGUCAGCGCCCUCUCGCUGGUGCUUUCCACGCUGCCAUCUUCAACACCUUCCGCAGAUUCAGAGGCCAGGUUCUCUACGUCGUUCCUCCUUUCGUGGCCGCCUACGCCGCCAUGAACUGGGCUAUUGAGAGAAACGAGUACCUUAACUCCAAGCCCGGCCGCCAGGCUGAGGGUGUUGAGGAAUAAAUGGAUGCCUUUCCUUUACCUUCAAAAUGAAAAGUGGGAUCUGACUCAGGCUGUGAAGUCAGGAGGAGGGUACUGUGUGAUUGCAAUGUACAGUAACUAGAAAGCAAUCAAUUGUUCUUGUCUGUC